AUGGAUUUUAAUGAAGAUCUCCUAUUAUUACUUAUAUUGAUGUUCAUAUGGGUCGAGUAUUUAUGGGAGCUUUACUUAUCGUUGCGUCAGCUCCACAUAUACAAGACAAACAACGCUAUACCUGAGGAUCUGAACCAAAUGCUGAAUGAAGAAUCAUUCAAAAAAGCCCGUGUCUAUGGCAUAGAUAAAUCUGAGUUCAAAAUUGCUAAAGAACUCUUCAAUAUUAUAUUGACAACUAUAAUCUUAUAUAAACGAUGGGUUUACACAGUCUGGAGUUCAUCUGAAAGUUUUGCUGGAAUUUUGAAUAUUAGUUCUGAUCAAGAAAUUAUUGUGAGUUGCAUAUUUAUGACAUUUGUUACGGGUUUUAAUUUCAUAGUUAACAUGCCUUUUACUAUUUAUGCAAAUUUUGUGCUUGAAGAGAAGCAUGGCUUCAACAAACAAACAGCUGGUUUUUUCAUUAAAGAUCAAAUCAAGAGUCUGGCAUUAAGUUUGGUUAUCACAUUACCAAUCAUAUCUGCUGCUAUAUAUAUUAUUAUGCUUGGAGGAAAUAUGUUUAUAGUGUGGCUAUGGUUAUUCACAACUGUAGUGUCCUUAUUCCUACUCACUAUUUACCCAUCAGUUAUAGCCCCAAUAUUUGAUAAGUUUGAGCCACUUGCUGAAGGAAAUCUUAGAAAUGGUAUUGAAAAUUUGGCUUCUCAACUUAAAUUCCCUCUUGCUCAAGUUUACAUUGUUGAAGGUUCUAAAAGAUCUGUUCAUAGUAAUGCCUAUUUCAGUGGGCUUUUUGGUCAAAAGCGAAUAGUUUUAUUUGAUACUCUUCUUGAAAAACAUGACGAAGUAAAGAAUGUUACAACAGGAUGUACAGAUAGUGAAAUAUUGGGUGUUCUUGCUCAUGAGUUGGGACAUUGGAAGUGUAGUCAUAUUUACAAGUCAAUAGUACUUACAGAGGUGAAUUUGCUAUUGCUCUUUACAGCUUUUGGUUUUCUCUUUAAAAAUUCUUUAUUAUACACUACACUAGGCUUUGCUCCUGGUACUGAACCUGUCAUAAUUGGUUUGAUUAUUGUCUUACAAUUGAUUCUCGCACCAUACAAUUCUCUUUUAUCAUUCUUUGCUACUGCCCUUUCUCGUAAGUAUGAAUUUGAAGCUGACAACUUUGCUGUUGGCUUAAACUAUGGGGAUCAGUUAAGAUCUUCACUUAUAAAGCUGGGUAAAGAUAACUUGGAUUAUCCCAUCUAUGAUAAAUUAUAUUCGGCUUGGUAUCAUUCACAUCCAACUUUGUUACAUAGAAUGGAAAAUAUAAAGAAUCAAAUGGCAAAUAAAAAGAAAGACUAA